AUGAAUUUAUCAAUCUAAAAAGUAAUUCAAGAUAAAGGUGAUUUGAUAAAUGAAAAAAAUACUGUUUGCUAUUUAACGAUAGCAUUCUCUAAGUUUAAUUAGGUUUCUUUAUAUUAUUAAAAAGCUAGUAGCUUGUUUUUGCUUAAUGCCUCAGAUUAAAAUGGAAACUUUAUUCAAAUUACUUAAACUGCUCAAAAAAGAAUUAUUUAAAUGCUUAAAUAACAUAUAUUGAGUGGAUUUUAGAAAAAAAAGGACUUAGAAAAAUAAUUAUCAGGUUUGUUAAGCUUUGAUAAAUAUAAAAGUGUUUUAAGCUUAAAAAAGUGCUUUUUAUAGGGUGGUGGUAACUUUCUAAGUAACAGUAAUGAAGAACUAAAACAGAAAAAAGAUUAAAAUAUUAUCGAAUGGCUGGAAGAGAAAGAAGAUGAAGAUUAAUAGAAGAGCUGCAUUUAUGUAAAAGAUUGCAUAAAAGAAUUAAACGAAAUGAUUGCACACAUGACUGAGCUUAGAUCUAAUACUAAGACAUAUUCUUAUUAAAAGUUUAAGAAUCUAAAUUAAGCAUUUUUUGAGAAUCCGGAAUGUCAUCCACUUUUAUUAUAGUUUUUAGAACUCUCUGCUGAUCGAUUAUUGUUUUACAUGAAUUAAGAGAAGUUUAUAGUGACAGAUAACUAAAAAAAUGAAUUUAUUAAGUUGAUUGAUGAUCAAAUUCAGGUUUUAUAAAGCUUCUAGCAGCAUGAGCCUCUUCAAAAUCAUAUCUUUUAUUUCAAACUGAUCAGAUAUAUCUUUACUACUUCCAAAUCUAUUGAAACAACUUCGUAAUUGAUAGUAAAAUCUGGUUAAACUCUUUAUUAAGUACUAACUGUUGCUUAUAAGUUAGAUAAGGCUGCCCUAAAAUAGCUCAUUGAUAAAUGCAAGAAUGCUUGCAGCUCAUAUAGAAAUUGCAAGAAAAUUGUAGGAAUAAUUCAAUAUAAUGAAAAUAUUCUCUGCUAAUUAGAAGAAAAACUAUCUUUAAACUCUUUUUCAACUCAAUCAUCAUUUUCAAGCUAAGACUACUCUAGAAAAUCUACUAGUGCUUCUUCGUAUAGUGACAGUAUGCAAAACAGUUUUGAUUAAGUGAAACAGUAGAAUGCAGUUUAAUAUGAGCUAGAAUUACAAAUUAGGCAUGAAAACAUUGACACUAAGUCUAAUUUUAGGAUUUAAUACUAUGCUUUGAUGCAAAUUGAUAAGCUGAUUUAAAAAAUGAAGGAAGAUCCUGGAUAUCAAAUUAAUUAGAACAACACUUACUUUUAUAAAUUUAUUAAAAAUAAUGAUAACGGAAUAAUGAGUUAUAGUGAAAGGCAAUAUUUUUUUAGAUAGCUUGAAAAUUUUGCAUUUGAGAGAAAUAUUUUGUUGAGAUAUAUUUCCCUUUCGAUAUUAAUUAGAUGCUAUGAGCUAUUUACAAAAAAAUGCCCUAAUUAUCCUCUGCUUUAAGAGAUCAUUGAUGCUAUUUAUUAUAGAUAUUACUUUGAAGUACAUCAAAAAAUAUACAUUCUCAUUUCAAAAAAUAAAGAUUUAUUAAUGUAAAUAAAAAAUAAAGAUUCAUUUGAGAAAUAAAACCAAUUAAAAAGCAUAGCAAAUUAGGCUUCAGUCAUUAUAUUAGAAUAAAACAAUUAAAAUAAUAAUAAUUAUUAUGCAGAUUAAUUGGAUUUCGAUCAGUAAUCGAUGAGCUAACAAAGCUAAUAGGAAGAUUUGGAUAUGAUGAGAAGUAGGAUAGAUUAAAUAAAAAACACUUAAGACUCUUUUCUUCAAAGCAGAAUUGCAUGGCAAAAUUAUAUUGACCAGCAAUAUAACCUGCUUUAAACUCAUAAAACAAACUUUUUAGACUUAUUUUCAACAGGAAAUGCUGUUAAACCUAUCUAAUAAACCUUAUUGGAACUUUAUUUUAGAGUAAGAGAAGUAUCAAAUAAAAGAGCUAUAAUUGUGUAGGGAGCAUCUGGAUCUGGAAAAACAUAAUUAUCAUUACAUAUUCAUUAGAUUUUGAUUGAACAUAAUAAAAAAUAAAUAGAUUCAAUGCUUAAUUAAAGUAAAUAAUCGUAAAGUUGCAUAGUCAGCUUUGGAUAAAAAAUGAUAAUAUAUACACCAAUAUUGUUGAAACUUUAAAAUAUGAAUUUAACAAAUAAACACGAAUUAUAGAACUUGUUUGAUUCUUAGCUCUCAGAAGUAAUGCAGAACCUUGAAUAUAAAGUGCUUAUUAUUGAUGGCUUAAAUGACUAGAACUACAAUAAUUUAUCAUAAAUUUUAAAAAAUCAAAUCAAAGAUAAGAAAAAAUUUAUAUUCCUCAUUACUUCGACAAGCAAUUAUCAACAAGUUUUUUUAUAUAAUAACUGUGCAACAAAAUUUCUAGAAAGUCUAGAAAUAAAAAUAGCUGAUGUUGAUGGAAUCCAGUUAGAAAAGCUAACAACUUAAAUACAAAUGAAGCAAUUUAUAGAUAUUUACAAUCAAAAUCAAGAAAAAUCAUUUAAUUACGAAACAAAAUAAAAAUUCAAUAAUUAAAAAAAUUAUCCUACAAUUUAGAAAGAUGAAAUGAGUAAAAAGUUAAGAGAAGCUAUCAUUGGAUGUUAAGAUCCAUUGCUUAUGCAAACCCCUUUAUCACUUUAUCAAAUUUUAACUAUUUAUAAAUAAUUUUAGGGUGCAGGAAUACAAAAAAUGCAAAGCUAAAGUGAAAUAUUUAAGAAAUUCUUUAUUGCUUAGUUCUAUGGAUCAUUUAGCUACUUUUAAAUAGAAAAAUCACAAAUUGUCAAAAUUUUUGAAAAAGCUUAUUUUUUCUUCUUUAAAAAAAUAGUAGAUUAUAUGCAAUAACAAAAUUAAAAUUUUAUCACUUUAGAAGCUGUGUAAAAUAAUAUAAUAAACUUACUAUCUCAAUACUUAAAUAAUAUUUACAAUACGAGCUACUAAAACAAUCAUAUAAAUGACUAAGAACAUUUUUAAGAUUUAAAGGAGUAUUUCAUUAAUCAAUUAACUAAUUUCUACAAUAAACAAAUAUUCGAAAAGCUAAAUUCGUUAGUACUGCUAAAUAAUUAAUAAAUCACAGAAAGCUUAACUUUUAAGCAAGAGAGUUACUUCUAUUAUUUCUUGAGUUAUAAAUUAGAAUGA